AGGGCGAUGGGGGAGGGGCGGAUCCCGACCUCCGCCGCCAGCUGGGGCUGAUCCUGCAGACGGCCGGGAGGAGCCAGGUGGAAAAAAUGCUCCGGGAAUUGGUCAGGGAGCAGGGCCAGGCCGGAAAACGCCGGAACCGCAGGAGAACGGCCAAAGAUGGCGGCGUCGGCGCCGGGAGCGGCCCCGAGGACGACCCAACCCCUCCCAACACCCAAGAACCGCCCCCGGCUCAACCCCAAACCGCUCCCGACCCUCCGGCGACCGCCAAGAACCGAAAAACCACCGGGAACUGCUCGGAGUGCGGCAAAAACCCGACCAAACCCCGGCGCUGCGCCGAGUGCGGCCGGCGCUGCCGGCAACCGGAACGCACCGCGGCGGAGAAACCGCACCGCUGCGGCGACUGCGGCAAAGGCUUCAGCCGCGGCUCCAACCUGGCGCAGCACCGGCGCAUCCACACCGGGGAGAGGCCGCACCGCUGCGGCGAUUGUGGCAAAGGCUUCAUCCAACGCUCCGACCUGGAGCGGCACCGGCGCGUCCACACCGGCGAGCGGCCGUACCCGUGCGGCGACUGCGGCAAACGCUUCAGCGUCAGCUCCCACCUGGACCGGCACCGCCGCACCCACGCCGGCGGGCCGGGACCGCCGGAACAACCGCGCGGCAAAGCCAAGGCGGCGCCGGCGGCGGCGGAGGCGGCGCCGCAUCGGUGCGGGGAUUGCGGGAAGAGCUUCGGGCAGCGCUCGGCGCUGGCAAAACACCGCAAGACUCACAGCGGGGAGCGGCCGCACCGCUGCGGCGACUGCGGCAAGAGCUUCAGCCGCGGCUCCAACCUCACCCAGCACCGGCGCAUCCACACCGGCGAGCGGCCGUUCGCCUGCGGCGACUGCGGCAAAGGGUUCAUCCAACGCUCCGACCUGGAGCGGCACCAGCGCGUCCACACCGGCGAGCGGCCGUACUCCUGCGCCGAGUGCGGCAAGAGUUUCAGCGUCAGCUCCCACCUGGACCGGCACCGGAAAAUCCACGCGGCCGAACGCGCGUCCUACCGGUGCCCGGAGCACCUGGCCGGGUUUUUGGCGGCGCACCGGCACGGGAGGUUGUUCCAGUGCGGGCAGUGCGGGCGGUGUUUCGGUCAAGGCGCGGCGUUGCUGAAGCACCAACGCGCUCACGGCGGCGCGGCCACGGCGGCGGCGGCGGCGGCGGCGUCGCCGAAAUGCCUGGAUUGCGGGAAGAGCCGGGGGUUGUGCCAGGAUUGCGGGCGGGAGGCGGAGGCGGCGCCGGAGAAGCCGUACAAGUGCCAGGAGUGCGGGAAAAGCUUCGGGCAGCGCUCGGCGCUGGUCAAACACCGGCGCAUCCACACCGGCGAGAAACCCUACAAGUGCCCCGAGUGCUCCAAAGGCUUCAUCCAAAAAUCCGACCUCACCAUCCACCGCCGGAUGCACACCGGCGAGAAACCCUACGCCUGCCGCGAGUGCGGCAAGUGCUUCAGCGUCUCCUCCAACCUCUUGACGCACCAGCGGACGCACCUCGGCGAGAAACCCUUCCAGUGCGCCGAGUGCGGCAAGAGCUUCAUCCAGCGCUCCGAGCUCACCAUCCACCGGCGCGUGCACACCGGCGAGAAGCCCUACAAGUGCCAGGAGUGCGGGAAAUGCUUCAGCCGCAGCUCCCACCUCAACCGGCACCGGCGCACCCACGCCGGCGACAAGGCCGCUCGCGGCGCCGGUCAGGCCUCGGCGGCGGCGGCGUCCUCGGCGUUGGCGCCCGGAGGUUUGGCCUUCCCGGCGUUCCCGGGGUCGUCGGCGGUGCCGGCGGCGUUGGAGCUGCCCUGGGCGUUGGCGUUGCCGGGUCGGGCGUUCCCGGGUUUUCCGGCGGGGUCGGUGGGUAAUUAGUGAGGGGUGUUGAUUGGUUAGGGUUGGGUUUGUUUGGUGAUGGAGUGGGGAGGUGAGGGAUUCCCAGCAUUCCGUGGUUCCGGUGAGUUCCCGGCGUUCCCAGUGCUCCCAGUGCCCAACUGGGAUUGGCCAACCCAAAACCCAACAUUUGGUUGGUCCUGUUCCAUUUUUGCAGCUAAUUAACAAUCUCUAAUUAAUUAGGGAUGGAUUUGUUCAUUAAUUAAGUUGGGAGAUUAGGGAUUCCCAGCAUUCCAUGGUUCCAGUGAGUUCCCGGUGUUCCCAGUGCCCAUCUGGGAUUGGCCAACCCAAAACUCAAUGUUGAGUUUGGUCUCCAUUUCUUCCCAUUCAAAUUUGGUGGCUAAUUAACAAUCUCUAAUUAAUUAGGGAUGGAUUCAUUCAUUAAUGAAGUUGGGAGAUGAGGGAUUCCCAGCAUUCCAUGGUUUCGGCAAGUUCCCAGUGCUCCCAGUGCUCCCAGUGCCCAACUGGGAUUGGUCAACCCCAAGACCCAACGUUUGGUUGGUCUCCAUUUUUCUCAUUCAAAUUUAUUGCCCAAUUAAUGAUCUCUAAUUAAUUAGGGAUGGAUUCAUUCAUUAAUUAAUUGGGGAGAUGAGGAAUUCCCAGCAUUCCGUGGUUCCGGUGAGUUCCCGGCGUUCCCAGUGCUCCCAGUGCCCAACUGGGAUUGGCCAACCCCAAGACCCAACGUUGAGUUUGGUUUCCAUUUGUUCCCAUUCAAAUUUGGGGGCUAAUUAACGAUCUCUAAUUAAUUAGGGAUGAAUUUGUUCAUUAAUUAAGUGGGGAGAUGAGGACUUCCCAGCAUUCCGUGGUUCUGGUGAGUUCCCAGUGCUCCCAGUGCUCCCAGUGCCCAACUGGGAUUGGCCAAACCCAACACUGGGGGCUCUUCCCAACGCGUGGAUUCCGAAAUUUCGGGAGAAAAUCGCAAAUAUUUGGGAAAAACCACAAAAUUUUGGGAUAAAAGCCCAAAAAUUUGGGAAAAAACUC